UUCCACGGACGUUCCAAAUACAACAACAAUCUCAUUCCUAAACCUUGAAUAUUUCCGUCAGCCAAAAGCCACAAUUGUUCAUGUAUCCACCAUCUUUCGAGUGUACUGUCUGUGUCUCUCUUGGUGGGCAAAAAAGUUCAUGAGCUCUGAAAAAACCGAUUGUACUUUCUCUUUCGAGCCUGACAAUUCUGCCAAAAAUGGAGAAUCGUUAUAAGGUAAUUCAAAAUGGGUUUGCAGAUAUUUGCAGGAGAGAGAUGGGUUUCACUCAUCCCAGAUGCUUCGCUCGCCGACUCUCUGCUUCUGAGGUCCUUGUAAAGCAACUAAAUCUUUAUGGGAAGUUAAAUGGUCAUAGAGGUUGUGUAAACGACCUAGAAUUCAACUCCACUGGCGACCUCCUUGUAUCGGGUUCUGAUGACAAACAAGUUAUAUUUUGGAAUUGGGAAACUAAAACUGAGCGGUUCUCGUAUGCUUCUGGCCACUUGGAGAACAUAUUCCAGACCAGAAUUAUGCCAUUCACUGAUGAUAGGAGAAUAGUGACUUCUUCCCGUGAUGGCAAGGUAAGGCUUGGGCAGGUCUGGGAGGAUGGCCGAGUUGAUACAAGAAGGUUGGGGGGGCACCAAGGCCCUGUACACGAGCUUGCUGUGGAGCCAGGAAGUCCACAUAUACUAUAUAGCUGUGGUGAAGAUGGUUUUGUUCAACAUUUUGAUUUGCGAAGUAGUUCUGCUAGAAAACUUUUCUGUUGCACCUCAUUGACAGAAAAUAGUAAGCAGCCUCUGAAGAGCAUAAUGUUGAAUACCAUUGUAAUUGACCCAAGAAAUCCAAAUCACAUUGCUGUUGGAGGAUCUGACGAAUAUGCACGUGUAUAUGACUUGAGAAAAUGCCAAUUCGAAGCAUCAAGUCAUCUAGAUAGACAUGUUAACACAUUUUGUCCCCAUCGCCUGAUCAGAGCCAACAAUGUUCACAUCACGGGAUUGGCUUACUCUAACACAAGUGAACUGCUUGUCUCUUACAGCGAUGAACUCAUUUAUCUGUUUCAGAAGAACAUGGGGUUGGGUCCCUUACCGUCAUCUGCUCCACCUGAAGAAUUAUCAAAAGUUGAAGAGACACAGGUUUUCAUGGGCCAUAGAAAUUCACGGACGGUUAAAGGAGUGAGUUUCUUUGGCACCAGUGAUGAAUAUAUCAUGAGUGGGUCUGAUUGCGGCCAUAUAUUUAUUUGGAAGAAGAAGACAGCUAAAUUAGUGCGUGUAAUGAAAGGCGAUCGCCAUGUUGUUAAUCGUCUUGAGCCACAUCCACAUAUACCUAUUCUUGCUACUUGUGGGAUAGAAACAAAUAUAAAGGUCUGGGCUCCUAUGGCGAGUGAUGCUCCUCCACUGCCUGACAAUGUAGAAAUGAUUAUGGAGUCUAAUAGACAAGGCAGAGAAGAUCAUAGACGGGUAACUCUUACCCCUGAUGUUAUCAUGCAUGUCUUGCGCCUGCAGAGGCGACAAACAUUGGCCUAUGUUGAAAGGAGAUACAGCAGAGCUGAUAUUGGGAGUGAUGAAGAAGAUGGAGAGUCCUAUGCCUUGGGAUUCUCAGACGGUAACACAUCUUCUGGCGAGGGUUCUACAGCAAAUUCCACAGACUGCAACAUUAGCUAGAGGAAAUCUAGCGCUCUCAGAAGUACCAUGGAGUGAAGAAGCUGACUUUUGCUGUGAUGGAUGAGCUUAAAGGAGUACAUAUUUGUUUUCUACUUUCUGAAUGCCCAAUUUAUGAAGCAGGAGCAGAAGUUCUGCAGCGUCUGAUGUAACCCAAUUUUCGGUCAAAAUGUCCUGAACAUGCAUAUGCAUACACCAAUUGCAUUCUAUACGUCAAUAGCAUAUGGCGAUGAUAUUUCACUCUCUGUACAUGUAGUGCAAAUUUGCCAUUCUAGUAGUUGUCUAUUUGAGAAGUGUAAUGCUAUGCUUCACACCACAAUCAAACUAUAAUGACAGAGUAAUGUUUUUUUUUUU